AUGCGGGCGAUCUGUGCGCUGCUGGCGUUGUCGGCGUCAGCCUUGCGCGUGCCGGCGCCGCCGAAGCUCACACGAGCCUUGCUCUUGCCGGCACCACCGAAGCUCACACGAGCCUUGCGCGUGUCGGCGCCGCCGGAGCUCACACGCCGCGCCGCCCUCUUCGCGCCCGCAACCGCUUCGUUUCUCGCCCUGGGCUCGCCGAGCUUGUGCGCGGCCGAGACCAAUGAAGAGAAGGAGGCGAAGAAGGCGGCGAAAGCAGCAGCGAUGAAGCGGGUGCGUGAGGAGCGAUCCAGGGCGGAGGCGAGGGCACAGGCCGAGGAGUACGCUCGCGUAAUGAGCCUUGCGGGGAAGGGCGUUGAGGGUGCGACGAGCACCUCUCGCUGA